UAUCCUCAACCAACACACAACCCGAAUAAUUCAACACUGAUUUGCUAGCGAAGGAGCGAGCGACAGAUGGGAUGCCAAAAACUGAGUCGAUUAUCGUCAUUGGGACUUGUGGAGGGGUUAAGAUCUGAAUAACGGCGAGAUAGCAGGAUCAGACCAGAGUGAGGAGAGCCGGCAACGAACAGCCCGAAAAGCUGUGUGCUUUCUCUCCAUCAACUUCCCCAAGGGCUGCGCAUGCAGCCUGUGUGUGAGUUAGUGGCACUAGUAUUGUUCUGACUUCACUAGCUACAGUGCCCACUCCUAGAGAGAGAACGCACAACAAAAGACAAGAAAGGAAGGAAGCGCGGAGUAACUAACGAAGACGGUUGUCGUUGAAAGUAAUGGUCCUGCGAUACCAAUCUUAGAUUCCAAGAUUUCUCUCUUUUUGUUAUUUUGCCUUGAGUCUUUGUAGCGGUGAGGGGACUCGCCGUGUGGUGUUGCGCCGAGCAGAAGCGGGGCUGUCCACAUGGUCCAGCCACUGGUGUGAAAGUUGACUUCUUCAGAAAACAAGAACAGCUCAACAAGCUAAUUUUGGCAUUUUCUCUCGCCUCUUUAAUUGGGUGUGGACUCGUUUAUGGUGCCACGUGAUGAUGGUGGAAUCAGCCUCUGAGACCAUUCGAACUACGACCUCCAAUCAGAACGGAGUCAGCAACCUCAGCAGCCAAUUGGAUGGCGGGGGAGGGAGAGAAGGCGGGUCCAACGGAGACAACAACGGGGAGAUCAGCCCAGUGGACCUACUGCACCUCCAGCAGCAACAGGCCCUCCAGGCAGCCAGACAGUUCCUCCUCCAACAGGCCUCUGGACUCAACUCCCCCAGCAGCAACGAGGUUAAACAGAGCCCUGUGCAGGUGCCAAUGUCCAUGGCUAUGUUGACCCCCCAGAUGAUCAGUCCUCAACAGAUGCAGCAGAUCCUGUCUCCUCCUCAGCUACAGGCCCUGCUGCAACAACAACAGGCCCUUAUGCUUCAGCAGCUACAGGAGUACUAUAAGAAGCAGCAGGAGCAGCUGCAUCUUCAGCUUCUGACUCAGCAGCAGCAGCAGGCUGGGAAGCAGGCAGCCAAAGAGCAGCAGAUAGGUAACAAGCAGUUGGCUUUCCAGCAGCAGCUCAUUCAGAUGCAGCAACUUCAACAGCAGCACAUGAUCAACCUGCAGAGACAAGGCCUGGUCUCCCUACAGCCCACUAACCCCAUGCAGAGUCUGCAGCAAGCCAUGUGUCCCGGGGACCUGCAGCAGCUGUGGAAGGAGGUGUCGGGGGUGCAGUCUGCAGAGGAGGCCUUGAAGCAGCAGCACACUGGAGAGGGUCUGGACCUCAGCACCAACUCUACCUCAACCUCUUUCCCCAAAGCAAACACACACAGCAGCCUGCACAGCCUGCACAAUGGACAGGACAACCACACCCCAAAGAGAGACAGAGCAAGACUCUUUGAAUGGAUCUCCUCCUUCAGCAAGGCAGACCUCGGAGAUGAACACCUCACGCCUUACUCCAAAGGUGGCCCGCUAUCCAGUAGCCACCACGAGGAGCAUGCAUGUUCCCAUCUUCUCUAUGGCCAUGGAGAGUGUAAAUGGCCUGGCUGCGAGGCGCUAUGUGAUGACAUGGGACAGUUCAUCAAGCAUCUGAACAAUGAACAUGCUCUGGAUGACCGCAGUACAGCCCAGUGCAGGGUACAGAUGCAGGUGGUCCAACAGCUGGAGAUACAGCUGGCCAAGGAGAGUGAGCGGCUGCAGGCCAUGAUGACCCACCUGCACAUGCGCCCAUCGGAGCCAAAGCCUUUCAACCAACCUCUGAACCUGGCGUCCAGUGGCUCCCUGCUGAAGAGGGAGAGCGAGGUGUACCCCGAGGGUCUACCUCACCCCCCCACCUCCGCUACCGCCCCCAUCACCCCGCUCCGCCAGGGCCCCUCUGUCAUCAGCUCCUCCAGCCUGCACUCCCACUCACACCCGCACGGCGUGGGACCCAUACGCAGGCGCAUCGCAGACAAGUUCUGCACCCCCAUCGCCUCAGGUAUACGAGAGGAGCUGGCACAGAACUGUGAGUUCUAUAAGAACGCUGAUGUCAGACCUCCCUUCACCUACGCCUCUCUCAUACGCCACGCCAUUCUGGAGGCUCCAGACAGGCAGCUGACUCUUAAUGAGAUCUAUAACUGGUUUACACGAAUGUUUGCCUACUUCAGGAGAAACACAGCCACAUGGAAGAAUGCUGUGCGCCACAACCUGAGUCUGCAUAAGUGUUUUGUGAGGGUGGAGAAUGUGAAGGGGGCCGUGUGGACGGUGGACGAAGUGGAAUACCAAAAGAGAAGACCACCAAAGAUGACCGGGAGUCCUACUCUGGUGAAGAAUAUGAUUUCAGGCCUGGGCUUCGGUUCCCUAAACGCCAGCUACCAGGCGGCCCUUGCAGAGAGCAGUUUAACUCUACUGAACAGCCAGGGCCUGGUUAACCCCUCAUCUGCCGCCAGCCUCAACAUGCUGCAUGGGAUGGGUCAUGAUGAUGUCAGCUCCACUGUGGAACAGAUCAACAGCAACGGCAGCUGCAGCCCUACACUCAGCCCACAGCAGUAUGGACACCAGGUCCAUGUGAAGGAGGAGCCCACUGAGAUCGAGGAGGACAGCCGCUCCAUGUCGCUCAUGGCAACUGUCACUCAGAACAUGGCAUUGCCUAGCGAUCGCGAUGACCGCGAUUUGGAUGAUGAGCUUCCCACCGAGGAGCUGGAGUAGGAUUGGAUGAGCUGAGCCAGUGGACGGGACUUUGAGGUUUAAUCCCGCCCGCUCCAUUGGAGUGAAGCGAAAUGAUGACCACAUAAAAAAACAAGAUAGAGAUAAAAAAAAAAGAUAAAGAUCAUGAUUUUUAUAAAGCAAGAAACCAACAACAUUGACAAACAGGGUUAGACCUCCAUUACAUACUGACGCAAAAAUAACACUCUGGAGCAUUGCUUUAUUCCCACACAUUUUCACCCACCUCACCCCCUCCACCCUCACCCGAUGAGCAGCGUAUUGUCAGAGAGACAGCUCUCAGUGGUGAUAUGGAGGGAGGGUCCCCUCUCCUCUCUCCUCUCCCUGUUGAUUCACACAGAUGGUCUGCCCGCCCUACAGUCCUUUAGUGCUGGAAGUUUGAUGUUCAUACCACUACAAUAGGUGUGCGAGAGAGAGUGUGGAGAGACACACAUCAGAUCAUGUGUAUAUAUUGUUUGGAACAGUCACUAGGAGGUGUACAACUCUCCUCCUCUUCUCCGGUCAUGUUAGUUUCUUUUUCUUUUCUUCUUUUGCCUGAAAGAACUGCUGGGCUUUGAGAUGGAAGGAAGAACAGCGGUUUUCUCAAGGAUUACCCCACCUGCUCACACAUCAGAAACCAAGCUUACAAACCAGUCAGUGAUCCAUAGGUGGGACUGAGACUGGAUUGCAGGAUUCUGCCCUAUGCCCACUCUCUCUCUAGCCAUUAUCUGCCCUAUGCCCACUCUCUCUCUAGCCAUUCUCUGCCCUAUGCCCACUCUCUAGCCAUUCUCUGCCCUAUGCCCACUCUCUAGCCAUUCUCUGCCCUAUGCCCACUCUCUGGCCAUUCUCUGCCCUAUGCCCACUCUCUGGCCAUUCUCUGCCCUAUGCCCACUCUCUAGCCAUUAUUAUUAUUUAUUUUUUUACCUUUAUUUUACUAGGCAAGUCAGUUAAGAACAAAUUCUUAUUUACAAUGACGGCCUAGGAACAGUGGGUUAACUGCCUGUUCAGGGGCAGAACGACAGAUUUGUACCUUGUCAGCUCGGGGGUUUGAACUUGCAACCUUCCGGUUACUAGUCCAACACUCUAACCACUAGGCUACCCUGCCAUAUGCCCACUCUCUAGCCAUUAUCUGCCCUAUGCCCACUCUCUAGCCAUUAUCUGCCCUAUGCCCACUCUCUAGCCAUUCUCUGCCCUAUGCCCACUCUAGCCAUUCUCUGCCCUAUGCCCACUCUCUAGCCAUUCUCUGCCCUAUGCCCACUCUCUAGCCAUUCUCUGCCCUAUGCCCACUCUCUAGCCAUUAUCUGCCCUAUGCCCACUCUAGCCAUUCUCUGCCCUAUGCCCACUCUCUAGCCAUUAUCUGCCCUAUGCCCACUCUCUAGCCAUUCUCUGCCCAAGCCAGACAAGACUCUCUUUACUCAUUAUGACAAACAAAAAAAAAGACAUUGUUUCCCCCCCAAAAAGACCCCUUGGUGCUUUACUCCUCCUUCAUGUGAUAUAGAGUGAUGGGCACAGGCCAACCUGAGAGAGAGAGACAAAGAGAGGGAGGAAGGAGAGAUCAUCCACACAGAGAUAUCUGACUGAAAUAGUUUAUGAUUAUGGAAUACAAAACAUUUUAUAUUCAAAAGGUGGUGGCUUUUUCACUUCCUUCUUUCUUUGAUGUUAUCUUCAUUUAUUUUUUAGGAUUCAUAUUUCCAUGGUGAUAUAAUUCUGUUUCAAAGUGUAUUUUGUAAAAAUGCAUUGUUUCUUUUGUUUUUAGUUUUUAUUAACUCUGCUUGUUCGCACCAUUCCAAACUAGUAUUGGUGGCAAAGAAAGUGCAGUAUUGUCCCAAAAUUCCCCAUACCCCAGCCCACCAUGAAUACCUUUCUGUGUGUCUGGGUUUGCCAGUUUAGAUGGCAGGAGAUUGAGAAUAGCACUUAGGAUCGAGGGCCUCAGCUCCUGAGAACACUCACCAAUAAUCCCAACAUUAUCAUCCAUUUGUAUUAUUCCUUUUUAACUAACUUUCAUUCCUUUUUAUUUUAUCUUCUCGUAGUUAGUUGAGAAACAUCAGCUGUGAUACAAAGCAAUGCUUGAAAAAAGACAUUAUGGCAGUCAGAGAAUACCUCACCCCACAAAUUUCUGCCCGGAAGUGUGUGCAAAAUGUUAAAGAAGUAAGGGGGAAUUCUGCUCAGUUUCAUUUCAAAGUUCUAUUGUUACUAUAGUUACUGUAUAGAAGCUGUCUGCAAUUCACUGUGUGAGUUGAACUCAAAGGAAUAGCACGUGAGAUUUAAAAUCUUUUGUUUUCAGUGAGCAUAAAAGCAUUUCCUUCUCUGCAGUGCCAUACCAAAUUUAAACACAUUAUUUUUUAUGUAUUUUCUGCUUUUUCUCCCAUUUUAUUUUUGUUACAGGUAACCAAAGAAAUGUGUAGAAAACCAAAAACCCUGUAGUUUAUUUUUCCCCUUUAUGAGUUUUUCCUCUAAAGAACUGGCCAAAAGACAAUAAACAUCUGACAUUUAAAUUAUUAUUGUAUUAUCGUAACUCUUACGUUGAAUUUGUUCAUGACAGUACUGACCAUUCCAAAAACCAAAGUAUAAAAUGCUAAAUAGAAUUUGGUGAUGUUAAAAUCUUUUUUACAUAUGUUUAACUGGUGCAAAUGACAACUAACAUUAGGCAUGCUAUGGUUGAAGGCCAAAAACAGUAUUAACAAACAGCCUUUUGCAGUUCCUUCGAUAAAGAAAGAAAGCACUUAGGAUUUAAAUCUCUAUCUCUCCAUGCUCAGGCUACCUGUGUUUCAAACACAACCCUAAGAGAGACUCCGCUGUGGGCAGGCCUAAGAUGGGAUUCAGGGUUAAAGAUGACAAAUCAUUAUCUUACCCUCAUUAGGCACUUGAACACAACAUUUAUAUACCUUUAUGUGACACUAGAAGCCAGCAAAAAAAGAAGUGGGCUGUUGUCAGUUGUCCAUUAACUGGGAUACCGUGUAAAACAAAAAAUGCAUUUGUAUUGCACUGUAAUAAUGCAUGUUUUGAUUCAUUUCCUCAACCAAAACAAUAUUUUCAUUGUGAAACUAUACAUUCAAACAUCCCUUUGUGCUAUGCAGGAGAAUGUCAUUUUUCUGACCUGGCUCCCGGUUUGAUUGAAUAGGACCAAAAGUCCCAUUGUCUAGCAGUGAACAGUUCACUUAAUGUACUUUCUUCACUCCUCACCUACAGUAUACUCUAGCAGACACAACCGUUUAACAAAUACCAAAAAGGACAGGUGUUAUAAUAAAUAGGAACAAAAUUAUGUUUUGCUCUUAUAGUGUCUUCAUACUCUCACAUUGCUAUAGAAAGACGUUCAUAAUCCCCUAGUCUGUGAGUAGUUGUGAUAGAGACUGUUUGAAGCUGGCUGCCAUUCCAAACAUCACAUCAGUAGACAAACAGAGGGUUUUUCAGAACAGACAUACCAUUAUGACCAUUUGUGAUAUUUACAGCAAAGAGAGAACAACUGACAAAUGACAAAAUCAUACCAAUGUGAAAGGGGCACACCAAGGGACAUGUCAACUUAUGUCUUUUUUCUAAAACAACAUUUGGGAACAGUUUUGUCAAAUCAACUCUUGCACCAUUUUCUUUGUUUUUAAUAAAGGAGUCUUUGUAUUGACUUCCUGUGUAAAACAGCACUGUUUCCUGUAUAAGUAGCGUUAUGAUGCUUCACGUCAUCAGACUGAUUUAUAACAAACAGAGUGGGAGAGGGACACCAAGAGUAAAAACCAAAAAUAACACUACCUCCUUUUCAAAAUGGUUCACAAUAAAAGCAAAUGGGAGACUGGAGACCAGAAAUAUGUCUGGUUUAAAAAAAAAUAAUCUUCCUCAAUAAUAAUAAUAGUGAAAUAUACCAAAACACAGCUUACUGUUAAUACACAUUAAGUGGGGCUGAAAAAGCUUGUCUGGCUAUCUGGACUCCAAAUUCAUGAGCGUGAGCGCAAAAACAAAGAGACGUUACAACAACAUUACACCCCGUUAAAGAUAGACUACCUCUCCUAAAACACCAGAUAACUGGUGCGUUCUCCUAAGAGUGAAGAAUGAAGUGGUCACCAUGUUUAAAAGGUCUACUCUCAGCUGUGUAUUAUUGGCUCUCUCCGUUCUGUCCAUUAUCAUACAACUCCGUGAACAGCCUCUUAACUGGGUGCUCUAAUUGUAUGCACGCAUAUUUAUGAGCCGGCUUUGCCGGCAGCCAAUGAUAGUCCGGUCGUUAGCUGCGACUCAAUGGGGCAGGAAGCUGGUUGUCAGGAGUGAUGAUGGGCAGAAUGUAUGAGUGCCCUGCACCCGCCAUUGGGCCACACACACACUAGUGCCCGCCACACGCCAGCGGCCCACACUACACAUGAAUGGAGAGAACAGCUUUAAGAUGGCAGCGAUAAAGGAAACACACUCACCGGCUGUAGUCAGUGUUCAGUCGAAAGGGCCCUUAGUAUCAGUCAAUGAGCCUCAGAGCUGGGAAUUAAAGCCCUGUGACAUGGAGCUGGCCCUUCACGGUGAAUAGUGGCCCCUGUCACUAGGAGCCGGGCCCCUGUUGGCCCCUUGGUUCAGACAGCUGAGGAGAGGCUCUGAGUAACUAAAGAUACUAUCCAAAUACAAACAGAGCUUAGUGUACACCCUCACUUGCUGGGAGACGGACAAUAAUAACAGCUUACAAAGGAAUGAAUGAUUACUACUAUUAUUAUUGUUAUGAUCCAAACUCUCACGAAAGAGGCGCUGCUCCAUUCAGUUAAUAUAUGAUGUUUGAAUUCUCAUCCUUUAAGGUACACCUGUAAGCCAAGCUGUUUUAUCAAGAUGUAGAUUCACAUUCGUUGAUGAUGUUGACAGAUCGCCAUAGGCACUUCUGUUCCUUCUCCGGUUUGGCUGUUAUGAUGUGUUAUUGUAUAUUAACACUUGGCUUAGCUCUCGAGGGCAUUCUUUACCAUUGUCUUUUUGAUUUUCUCUUUUGUUCAUUUAGUUUUUGUAAAGCUUCCAGCUUGGAUUCCUAUACUGUAUUGCUAAUGCUGAAGUGUAUGUAUUUAUCAUAUUAAGUGCUGCAGGUAUCUUUGUUGAAUAGUUAUUCCUUUCUUUUUUUUCUCGUUUUCUUCAUAAAACGUCUGGGACGAUGAUUUUUUUAAGUGUAUUAUCUCAAAAAAAUAAAAUAAUUAAAGUUAGAUAAGUGGUUUAGGUAACAGCUGUUUGUAUAUUUAUCUUAGCUAGGUCUAUUUUGAUACAUUUUGUCUCUGUACUACAUUUUUAAGGAAAGAAAAAGAAAAACAACAGUAAAACAAAAAGUUGACUUCAUUAUGUAUUGCUGAUACCUCAGAAGGACUUUUCUCUAAGACAGGACCAAAACCUCAGAAAAAAUGAGAGAAAGAGGAAAAUAAUUGAAGAAAAUAUGUAGCCCCUCUCUAGCUUUUAAAGAUGGACCAAUGUAAAGGUGAUGUUGUGGGUCCUUUAUGUGCCAAUAUGUGUCCUCUGACCCCUGACCACAGUCAUUCCUUUGAUGAUCUUUAACUUACAGCGGUCAAUCACUCAAUAGGACAACUGGGCGUGGCCCUCAAUCAAACACCUGAUUGCAUUUGUCCAAUUAGAAUCCUAACCAAAGGUGUUGUGAGUGGUCAUGGCUUACAAGCUAACAGACCACCACAACCAUAACCACAACCGUAACCAAACCAACCCUAGGCACUAAUCUACCACAAGCUACUUCCCAUACCUCAAACCAUUCUUCGCUAUCACCAUCGCUAUCAUCUCUUGGACAAGCACUCUUCCUAUUGGAUCAGUAGUGACUCCAGGGACCUAAUUGGCCCCGCCCCUGCUCUAUGAUUGGACAGCUCUUAGGUGUCAUGUUGAGGAAAAGGGAACUUAAAGGACAGUUGCCCAUGUUAUUAUGAACUUCACAGACCCCCCAAAAAUGGAACUACCACUUCAGCUGUCCUCUGGUUGUAUCUUAGGAAUGUGUGUACAUUCAGCUGUCCUCUGGUUGUAUCUUAGGAAUGUGUGUACAUUCAGUGACUCUCUGUAACAUUACUUAGUUUCUGUUUACCUCUCUUUUAUCUUUUUAUUUUGUUCUGUUUCUUCAUUUUUUGAAAGUGUGACCCAGGGGAAUGGGUAAAGUAGGAGCAGGCGGUGGUUUUUAAGAUGGUCUAAAAGAGGUUUAAAAAAAGGCGACUUUGCCACCGAGACCUUUGCCCUUUCUCCCUUCCCUGGGUGGCCAUGUAAUGCCAGUCACUGUCCUUUCCCCCUUCCCUGGGUGGCCAUGUAAUGCCAGUCACUGUCCUUUCCCCCUUCCCUGGGUGGCCAUGUUGCCAGUCACUGUCCUUUCCCCCUUCCCUGGGUGGCCAUGUAAUGCCAGUCACUGUCCUUUCCCCCUUCCCUGGGUGGCCAUGUAAUGCCAGUCACUGUCCUUUCCCCCUUCCCUGGGUGGCCAUGUAAUGCCAGUCACUGUCCUUUCCCCCUUCCCUGGGUGGCCAUGUAAUGCCAGUCACUGCCCUUUCCCCCUUCCCUGGGUGGCCAUGUAAUGCCAGUCACUGCCCUUUCCCCCUUCCCUGGGUGGCCAUGUAAUGCCAGUCACUGUCCUUUCCCCCUUCCCUGGGUGGCCAUGUAAUGCCAGUCACUGCCCUUUCCCCCUUCCCUGGGUGGCCAUGUAAUGCCAGUCACUGUCCUUUCCUCAUGCUGUAUAAAACAUACAUAUAUCUGUGUAUUUGUAACCUGAAUCUUCUUGUGUCUGUCCAUGCAGACAAUAAAACAACUGUACAGUAGGUCUAGUUGCAUGUAAUCUGUACUAAUUAUUGACAAUGGCAUUAUAAAAUGCAAUAAAAUACUUAUUACACUGUC